GCCCGUGACGUCGGCGCGGCGAAUUUGAAAUUUGUGCGGGCUGAAGCGGAGCGGAGCGGGCGGUAUGGCCGGAACGGGACCGCCGGGCGGGAGCGUCGCUGGGCUGCAGGGGGGCGCCGAGGAGGCGAAGCCAGCUCCCACCCAGCAGGAUGAGGACACCUGCAGCGAUUAUGGAAGCCGUGACAAGCCGGGCACUGCCCUGGGGAGGACUGUACCGGAUGGGAGUGCGCUUUUUCCUGAUAUUUUUCGCACGGAUCAUCUUUUGUUUUAUGAGCGAUUUAAAGCUUACCAGGAUUACAUUUUGGCUGACUGCAAAGCUUCUGAGGUGAAGGAAUUUACGGCUGAGUACCUGGAGAAGGUCCUUGAGCCGUCAGGAUGGCAGGCUGUUUGGCGCACUAAUGUGUUUGAGGUCCUUGUGGAGGUGGUUGAUGUGGAGUACUCAGAUCUGAAGGCAGUUGUGCAGCUCUGUGAGCCUUUCCUGUGCGAGUCACAGGUUAGCACCUUUACGUUGGAGUGCAUGCAGGAACUCUUGGAGCUGAAGGAGCGUCGGAUACUGCUGCAGGAGCUGUGGGUUGUGUAUGAUGAGUCGGGAGAGUUUGAUCAGACAGCACUAGCUGUGGAGCAUGUCAGGUUCUUCUACGAGUGCAUCUGGAGGACCUGGGAUGAGGAGGAGGAGGAUGAUUUUGAUUACUUUGUGCGAUGUGUGGAGCCUCGACUGAGACUGCAUUAUGACAUCCUCGAGCACCGUGUGCCUUCUGGUCUUGUUGCUGAUUACCACAGCUACUUGUCUCAAUGUGAAGAGCUCUACAGGAAGUUUUUAAAUGUGAGGAACAACAUAUCAAGCAGUGAUUCAGACUCUGAAAUGGAAAAUGUCUCCAUGGUGGAGGGAUUAAAGUUGUAUGAGAAAAUAGAGCACUUGAAACAAAAACUAAAACUAAUUGAGAAUCCUCUGCUGAGGUAUGUAUUUGGUUACCAAAAAUACAGUGGUCUCCAAGCUAAAGGGCAGAGACCAACAGGUAUCAAGAUCACUCAUGUUGUGUCCGCAACUGUGAUGGCGAGUCUCUUGCAGUCUUUGAUAAGGGACAGACUUUGCCCUGAGUCUUGUGGUGAAGAACUAGAAAUACAGUUCCACAAUGAUCCGCUGGCAGCUGUAAAUGCUUGUUAUGAAGGAGACACAGUCAUCAUCUGUCCUGGUCAUUAUGUUGUGGAUGGCGUGUUCUGCAUUGCUGAUUCUAUUGAAAUGGAAGGCUAUGGCCUGCCAGAUGACAUUGUGAUAGAAAAGCAAGGGAAAGGAGACAACUUCGUGGACUGUACAGGAGCCAAUAUAAAGAUCUCCAAUUUGAAGUUGGUGCAACAUGAUGCUGUGGAAGGGAUUUUAAAUGUUCAUCAAGGGAAAACAACUUUAGAGAAUUGUGUAUUACAGUGUGAAACUACAGGCAUAACUGUACGAACUUCAGCUGAACUAUUAAUGAAGAACUCAGAUCUGUAUGGUGCCAAGGGUGCUGGUGUGGAAAUAUACCCAGGUAGUACGUGCACCUUGUUGGACAACGGCAUACACCACUGCAAGGAGGGAAUACUCAUAAAGAAUUUCUUAGAUGAACAUUAUGACAUCCCCAAAAUAAGCAUGGCCAAUAAUGUGAUCCAUAAUAAUGAAGGAUAUGGUGUGGUCCUGGUAAAACCAACUGUUGCUUCUGAUGUAAAGGAUGCUUCAGCAGAAGGAACAACAGGGGAUGCACAGUCUACCCAGUCAAGUGAUGAGAGAGCACAUGUAGAGGGCUUCAGACAAGGACAACUACCUGAGUGUGUGGCUGAUGAAUUGGAGCUUUAUAAGCAAGCUGAGAUUUCUGAAGGCAAUCAUGAAAUUGUAAGUGAACUUGGUGCUGCUUCUGCAAAGAAGAGUCAGAUGCACAGGAAAAGGCUGAGUGAACUGGGAAUCACAGAAGCUGAUGACAACUUAAUGUCACAGGAGAUGUUUGUUUCUAUUGUGGGCAAUCAGUUCAAAUGGAAUGGCAAAGGAAGUUUUGGUACUUUUCUCUUCUGACAGUCCUGAUUCCUAGUGGCAUUGUAAUAAGAUUUGCACAAGCUGUUUUUUUCACUGCUACUUUCUGAGGAGGUAACUUCCACCAGCUUUCCAUAAUGUUAGUAAAAUAUUUAUUAAUUAUAUAUAUAUAUACACACACACACACACAUAUAUACAGCAUGUGAAAACUACUUUCUUUGUGCAAGCAUGGGCAAUGCUGGUAGAAAAGAGAACUCCGCUAAUCUAUGGACUUGCUCUUUCCUAGCUGUCAUUUUUUGUUGUUUUUUUCUUCUUUUUGGUAUAUUUAUUUAACUCCUUUGGUUCUUUUUUAACAUAUAAAUAAAUCUUUCUACAAACAAAAAGUUUGUCAUGGAAGAAUGGAAAACAGCUGCUCAGCAAUUGGUGGUACAUCUUCCUCCAUAGUUUCUUUUAAAGUGCUGUUAGCCUCUACAUCCCUCCUAUAAGAGAGUGAUAGACUUAGUUUUGUGUGCCAAACAGAAGCUGGUGAACUGUUGCAUGAAAUGUAGUAGUUGGCUGCCGUGCUUUGCUUUAAGAAUUUUUUAGAGAAAUUGGCAUCUGGAAGGAUAGCAUCAUUCAGUCUUCUUUGGAAAUAAGCUGGCACACAGCAGCAGCUGCCACUGCCUGUGUACCUUUGACAUAAGGAGGAAUGGUGUCUAACUAAAACUCUGAAUAAGAAAUAAAAACAGAUGUUUCCAUGGUUAGUGUUAUUCUAGUGUAUCUUUCAGCACAUUAUUCUAAAAUGUUUGAAACUCCUAUGCCACAUAUAGCAGCAGAUCUCUUGGAAAUAAAAGGAAAACUAAAAAGGAAAAAAAAACAAGAACUUUGCAUGAGAUCUCAUCAGCACACAGCUAUGGAGCAUUUGGUUAAAAAAAAAAAAAAGCAAAAAAAAAAGCAUUUCAGUGACUCACCAUUCAUUACAAAUUAACUGGAGAUGAAAUUUGGCUGAACUGCCUGCCCCAGGGUUCUGCCUUUUCAGUGCUUCACAUUCCUUAUAAAUAUAAAUCCAAAUACCUUAUUUAAGCUUAUAUUGCCUUCAGGAGUUGUAUUUCCAUACAUCAGUUCAAAACCAGUUCUACAUGUUUAAAAAACAAUAAAAAAUCCCAAGUGAUUCAAGGUGGUGCUGUAAAACACAGGAUGGUGUUGAGGAGAAGGAAGGUGCCAGCAAGAGAAUUUCGGAAUAACUUCUGCAAGUAACUUAGCAAGUAUAUACCUUCCCUUGCACUGUAGAGGGUUGCUUGAGGUGGAGACGAGUUGUCUACUCCAGGUUUUUCACUCCACCCACUUCUGAAACUUCAGUGGGAAUCAAAAUUCCCUUGAGUCUAUGACUUGUUUUAGUGUGAGCAAUAGGUAGAAAGGAAAAGAGAAAAGUGUAACUUAAAAGUAUUUUUUUCCUGCUUUUUUUUUUUUUACGUGACCUGCAGCAUUAAUUGCAGCUUUCCUAUCCCCCUGCUGUUUUUGUUCUGCUCAGUGCACUUGACUUCAGGAUUGUGCUUUUGAGUUUUAAUGAGCCUGAAUGCCAUUACAACAUCUUAACAUGCACAAGACAAUAAAUGUUUGCAGUUUAGUGGCUGUAACAAAAUACUUAACUCAAGUGAAAUCCCACUACUUGUACUGACAGUGGUGAUCUUAUGGGAUUUAUCAUGUCAUGUGUGAAGUUUAGUGCUUUGAUGUUAUACUUUUAAUUCCUGAGUGCAAUCCUAAUUAACGGUCUAGAGCUGAAAACUGAUUUUGUGGUUUUGUAGCAAGCUGUCUUUGUGAUAUGUAGGUAGCAUUUCUUUCUCUUGUAAUUAAUUUUAAAGCUGGCUUCUGUUGACAACUUUUGAGUUCCCUUUUUAUGUUCAGCUUAAAGUUUAUGAAGGCAGAAAUUAAAAUAUUCUUUUUCAAUUUCACCAUUUUUUUUUGGUCUGUUCCUGUGCCAUGUGCCAGUGGUAUGCUGCUGUAUGGGUUGUCAGCAGGUGAGGAAGCAACAUAUGAAAAAUAAGAUUUUAUGCAGGAAUUCUGUUAUUAAAUUGUGGCUUAAUUCUUGAUGACAUUAGAGCUUUGAAGGACCAAACUUCCAAUUGAGCCAUGCCCUUUUUGUGGAGUUUGGCCUUACCACUGUUUUCUACUUCAGCACGUUCAUCUUCAGUUCAGGCUGUUGUUUCUGCAAGCUGUAAUCCUAACCAGUAAUUUCAUCUGUCUUUAGCACAUUAUGUGCUUAUUUUCUCAAGUAUGCUCUUUCUUUAUUCAUUUUUGUGCUUCUUUCAAGGCUGUGCUGUCACUUUCUUGCCAGCUUUCAGUUGUAGAUAAAAUAGUGAAUUGAAUACGUCACAGAAGCAGUUAGUGCAUCGAUCUGUCUGCAGUAAGGGGUAUGGCCAUAGGCUGCCACACAUUCAGAUGGUACUGUGGAACAGGGAGGAUGAUUUCACAGAUUCGUGCUUCUCUUCUAGUGUUUUGUUUGUUUGUUUUUUCCUCUCAGAAAGGAAAAGAAAGCGACAAAACCUCUUUUGGAAAGUGAUGUUUAAUUCUGUUUCACAAAUAUUUUUGCUCUACCUGUCCUCUGAGCUGCCUGACUGCCUCAGACAGUAUUUUUCAUGUUUCACAAUAAGAAAAUAAAAUCAGUUCAGCAUGUCCUGUGAUAUUUCCUGUCCAGUUUUCCUAUGGCCCUGUUUAGCACUGCUGUGCCUUCCUGCUUCGCAAGGUCCUUGGGCAACAGCCAGUUCUGCACUCUGCUUUCCCCUCUUUCAAAUACAGGGUUUUCUUGUAAAGCACUCCUGCGGGCUGGAAUUGAUGAUGCUGUCUCUCUAAAGUUCCCCUCUGAAGCACUAUUCUGUUCUUCUCUAAGGCAUUAUAAUACAGCACAAAAGGCAAAAAGAAUUUUAUUUUUCUUACGUGAGUUGAAAUCAACUAACGCUGCUCUGCUGUCUCACAACCAGAAGAUAUCUGCAGGCCUCAGAGCGCUCCUGAGUGAAACUACAGCUUGUGCAAUGCGGGCCAGGAAACAAAACUGAAUUUAUUGUAUCCGCUUGUAAUAAGCUGAAUGGUUUUUAAGCAUGCCUAUGUGAAAGUGUUGAAGGAAAUUUAAUCUUGAAGUUACUUGUGACCCUUGGCUUUUUUUCCUUCAUUAAGUUUUUAGUUUUCUAAGAGCAAUAUAAAUGCAUCAAGUUAGAGUUGCAUAUUAACUGUAUAUAAAAUAAAAAAAAAAAAAACAGGGCAAGGAUCUAAGCUGUCAUUCACCACCAGGAACAGAAGAGAGUGUGUGUGUGUGUGUGUGUGUGCGUGCGUGUGUGUGUGUGUGUGUGUGUAGAAGUAACCCGCAGGUUCUGAAAGAGAGAGAGAGUCUGUGUGAUACAUCAGGCAGGGAGCUGUGGGAAUGCAUCCAAAGGUGAUUACUGCUGCUCUACUGACUUAUUAACUAUGUGAACUAACUGAACACCACAGAUUCUUUUAAAUUUAAGAGAAAGCUGUUACUUUAGGGUUUUUUGUUUGUUUUUGUUUUUUGGUAUACUUUAUCUGGCAGACUAAAUCCUUAAUUCUUCAUUUUGAAUCAUAUGUUCACUCUGAAUGCUUCAUGCUGUGUCAUUAAAAAAGAAAAAAGCAUUUUGUGUGGUAUUUGUUAUGGUAAGAAUCUAAUCUUCAACUCUUUUUUUUUUUUUUUUUUUUUUAAAGCAAAUAUAAAGAAAGGUGCAAUAAAAUGUAUCCAGAAUCCAGUGGAUUUAGUGGCAGUUGGUUCUACAAGGCAGGCAGUGUAUGAUGUUGGCAAUACAUCUGAGUACAUGAUAAUAGGCACCAAAAGCAAGGCAGAAAUGCAGAAAAAGAGGAAGGUAUUGCAAGCCCUGAUUCUGGAUUACAAAGCAGCCUAGGAGAGCGUGCCAUCCUUUCCUUGCCUCUGAGUGUUGAUAUUUGACUCUGGGGGUGGACAGAACUCCUGAUAAGAGUUCUCUUUAAGUACAUUCUUUUUAGACUUGUUUGAUAUAUUGGGAUGAAAUGCAGAAAACUUUGGCCUUAAAAUGGAAGGGUAGGAAUUAUUGUAUUUUUUUUCCACUUCUUAUUGCUUUUCUUUUGAUCUUUAAAGUACUUCGUGCUGCCUGAUCAAGGAGAAACUUGCUGCACGACACAUGAUUACAUUGAGUACGUACCAUUCCAAUGCAUCUUACACUCCAUUUCUGUUCUUAGGGUGAUUUUUGUGGACAACCAUGUUUUUGUUUUUGGUGUUGUAUCCUGUAGCACCACACUGCUUUUCAACUGUGAAGCUCUGCCUUGUCUUUGGAUAUGAAACAAGCCUGUAACUGGCUUGUGGUGGGUGGUAGGUUCUUGAUGAUUUUAAUUAAAAUUAUUAAUUUCAGAAAGCAGCUGAAAUAACCAGACUUAGGUUGUUAUACCUGGGUAUCUGUACAUGGGCACUCCAUUAUAGUAGUUCUUACACUGGCUCUUCAUCUUAUACCAGGCUUACUGUAGCUGUUUGCUGAACAGUGAAAUGCUGAAGUAAAUGAUUCUUCCACUGUUUAAAUUGCUAUUUCUUCCCAGUCAAUAAAGAAUUUGCUCAAAAGUGUGAACAUGAAUUUUUGUUUUUACCAUUCAGUACAUGAAGUGUUUUUAUUCCUACUGACAAAGCAAUUUCAGCGUUUUAAUGAAUGGUAAAUGCUAUUGUUUGAGAGUGUUACUUUCCUGUUUUCAAGUUUGAACAUCCUAUACAUCCUAUGUAUCUCUCUUCCUUUGCUGAGCGUAAUUUGAAUAACUGAUAAUUAUUUUGGUAGUGCUACACAGAGUUUUCCUGUAUUGCUAUUAUAGUGGGAAAUCUCGUCUUAAAUGACUUUAAUGUUAUGGGGUAAUUAUAGGGAAGGUGUGGAGCAAGUUAUC